AACCAACAUGGCUGCGCCCUUGAAAAUCAUGAAUGUUUGUAAAAAGUGCUCUAAAUUUAGAAGUAUACACCGAUGUUUUUCAACAAAUGUUUAUCUGAAUAAAGGCUUAGUCCUGGGUGUGUAUGAAGCUGAGACCAAAGGGGAUCCUGUUGAUGUCGCCUCAAGCCCUUCGGCUGCGUACUUCAAUAAACAGACAGAUGGACAGCUGGCCAGUGUCCUUAAACUAGCCACCUGUAACCUGAAGAAGGGCGGGAGUCGUGUACUGUAUGGUGUGGUUCCAGGUUAUGACAUCACAGCAGUUUGCUGUUUGGGUAAACGGGGAACCAGAUACAGCAAGCAGGAGGGGUUUGAGGAGGGCUGGGAGAAUAUACGUGCUGCUGUAGCAGGUGGUGUGCGGGCAUUGAGAAGUGUUGGUGAAACCCAAGUAGAUGUCGACCCCUGCCUCAUGGCAGAAGCGGCUGCAGAGGGAGGUCACCUGGCUCUGUUUGAGUAUGAUGAGUUAAAGAACCCAGAAAAGAGGAAAAAACGCGUAAGCCUCGCUUGUCUCACACAGCAUAUGACCGCCUCAGACCCAGCUUCUGUGGAGAAUGUAUCCUCUCUGUGGCAGCGUGGCUGUGGGAAGGCAGAGGGACAAAACCUUGCACGCCACCUCAUGGAAGCACCCUCUAACAAACUGACACCCAGGGCUUUCACAGAGCUUGUGCAAGCCAAGUUUGCAAACAGACCAAAUGUUAAAGUAACUGUCAGGGACCGUGCAUGGAUUGAAGGUGAAAAGAUGGGGGCCUUCCUGUCGGUGGCCCAGGGAUCAAGGGAACCCCCAUAUUUCCUGGAGAUAGUGUACAAACACCCACAGUGCACCAUGGAGAAGCCCAUUGCCCUGGUCGGCAAGGGGAUCACAUUUGACACGGGUGGUAUUUCCAUCAAGCCGUCAGCCAGUAUGGACCUGAUGCGGGCAGACAUGGGUGGGGCAGCCUGUGUGGUCGGCUCCCUGCUUGCUGUUGACAGGCUGGGAACCAAUACUUUUGUACAUGCAUUUAUUCCGCUGUGUGAAAACAUGCCGGGAGGUGCAGCCAUCAAGCCAGGCGAUGUGGUGACAGCACGCAAUGGGAAAUCCAUCCAGAUAGACAACACAGACGCGGAGGGCAGGCUUAUUCUGGCUGACGCUCUCAGUUACGCUGAGACAGUCAACCCAUGCCUCAUCCUGGAUAUGGCUACACUCACCGGGGCAAUUGAUGUGGCCCUAGGCUCUGCUGCUACAGGGGUGUUUGCUAAAUCCACAGAGACAUUCAACACUCUCCAGAAGGCGGGAAGUAGGACUGGGGAUCGCAUGUGGAGGAUGCCGUUGUUCAGCCAUUACUCAGGCCAGGUGACAGACUGCCAGCUUGCAGACGUGAACAAUGUCGGUAAAUACAGUCGCUCUGGUGGGUCCUGUACGGCAGCAGCAUUCCUCAAGGAAUUUGUAACGCAUGAAGACUGGCUGCACCUGGACAUAGCCGGGGUGAUGUCCAACAAGGACGAGGUCCCAUACCUCGGCAAGGGCAUGGCUGGGAGACCCACCAGAACGAUAGUCGAGUUUAUACACAUGAUCUCCUCCUCCUGAUGGCUUAUCAGCAUUAUAGAGAAAUAUUGUCAUGAUUUGCUGGACAAUCCGUCUGUUAGUGGAUUUUAGAAUACGUUUAAACAGAUAUAAAAUGUUGUUAUUAAUACAGCGGAUAAAACCAGACAAGCUUGAGCUAAACCAUGUGAUCAUUGUUUGACCUGGGUUAAAAAAAAUAUUUGUGAUUUUGUUUGAGAUAAUUGUAACUGCUUGUGAAUCUUGCCAUGAAAAAUAUCUAAUUAAAAAAUAGGAACUGUAGAGUGUCAGUUGAGCGACUUUAGUCAAGAUUGGUAGAAAAAGAUGUGAAUAACUGGUAUGUUACCCUGGUGAUUCCGAAAAAGAAUGUAGAAAUGGGUAUUCUUAUGACCCUUCUUUGUGUGGCACUAUAAUGUUAUAUAUGAAUGCUUCAAUGAUCUAAAACAUAAAUAAAAAAGAUCAAAUAAC